UGUCUCGUGAAGCAGCAGGUGAAGAAGGAAAGGAAAGAAACAAGUUAAAAUAAAAGCUUCACUCUUUUUCUCCAUUCUUCUUCUUCCUUCUUCUUUCUCUCUCUAAAACACACUCAAUUUUGUUACUAUUCACACCCCCUCAAUUUUCUCUCUCUAAGUAUUCCAACAACACUCACAUUCAUUCUUUACUUCCUCCUUUUAUAUAUCACGAGAUCCCCAUCCCUUUCUCUCUUUCUUUCUUUCUUUCUUUCUUUCUCUCUCUACACUUUCCUUCUUCUUCAUCUUCUUCUUCAUGUCUUCUUCGCCAAAACUUCACAAUCCAUUUUUCACUUCCCACUAUACUUUCAUACAAACACAUUGCUAACACACACAAAAGAGGGUUUUUUGUGUGUGUUUUUUUAGAGAGAGAAAAAGAGGGUUAACAGAGGUUCAACAAACAAGAAAAAGAUUGAAUUUUUUUUAAAAACCCAUUUGUUUAAUUAGCCUUGAAAAUGUCGCAUUCAUCGGAAAAACCCGAAUCAGAGGUUGUCGGGUUAGAACAUUUUUCCGAUCGGUUCAGUGAAAAAGUGAGCUUCGAAGUUAACAAACCGGACUUUCGUGAACUCGAUCUGGGUUCACCCGUUUCGCCAUUGCGAACACGUGGUGGACCUUCAGCGAGUAGUAGUUCAGGUUCUUCUGGAUCUUUCUCUGGUCGAAAUAAUGGGUUAAACCAGGUUCAAAAAAGAUCCAAUUCAGCCCCUGGAAACAGUAACUCCGGCGAACUUUCUGGUUCUAGUGAGAACAGUCCAACCGCAGAGAGAUCUACAUCUACCGGGAAUCUAAAGGCUUCCAAACCGGGUCAUUUGAGAUCCGAUUCAGGAUCCGGAUUGACUCCUUUGAUUUAUUCCGGUCAAGCUGUCAAUUCGCCGCCGUUGAAUGUUCUUCCUACCGGUAACAUAUGUCCCUCCGGUAGGAUCUCCAAGAUUGGUAUGUCGGCGAAUCGGAGUUCAAGAACUGAUGUUCUUGGUUCUGGAACUGGAAACUAUGGCCAUGGCAGCAUAAUGCGCGGUGGCGCCGCCGUUGUCGCCGCCAAGGGUGAGAUUCAUAGUUCUAGGUGUAGCAUUGGGAAUGAUUUGGGGAAAAGAGGUGUGGAUCCGGAAGAGCUUAAGAAAGCAGGGAAUGAGCAUUACAAGAAGGGUCAUUUUGCAGAUGCAUUGAGUCUUUAUGACCGUGCAAUUGCUUUGUCUCCGGCCAGUGCUUCUUACCGGAGCAACCGUGCCGCGGCGUUGACUGGUUUAGGAAGGCUUGGUGAGGCUGUUAGGGAAUGUGAAGAGGCUGUCAGAUUGGAUCCUAAUUAUAUUAGGGCUCAUCAUCGUUUGGCUUCUCUAUUCAUCAGGUUAGGACAAGUUGAGAAUGCUAGGAAGCAUCUUUGUUAUCCUGGAAUGCAGCCCGAUCCGAACGAGAUGCAGAAGUUGCAAAUGGUGGAAAAGCAUAUUAGUAAAUGCGCAGAUGUUAGGAGGAUAGGGGAUUGGAAAAGUGUUUUAAGGGAAGUUGAUGCUGUUGUUGCUGCUGGAGCAGAUUCUUCUCCUCAGCUCUUUAUGUGUAGAGCAGAAGCCCUUUUGAAACUCCAUCAAAUUGAUGAUGCAGAAUCAGUUUUGUUACAUGUUCCAAAAUCGGAGCCACAUACUAAUAGUAAGAGCAAUUCCUCUUCUCAAGCAAGAUUUUUCGGGAUGGUUUCAGAAGCUUAUUCCUACUUUGUCAGAGCUCAAAUUGAGAUGGCAUUGGGAAGGUUUGAGAAUGCAGUAACAGCUGCUGAGAAGGCGAGUCAGAUUGAUUCGCGAAAUCUUGAAGUUGUUGUUUUGCUUAGCAAUGUAAGGAUGGUGGCAAGAGCUCGAGUUCGUGGCAACGAUCUUUUUAAAUCCGAACGGUUCACGGAAGCUUGCGCAGCAUACGGUGAAGGUUUGAGAUUGGACCCUUCAAAUUCAGUUCUAUAUUGUAAUAGAGCAGCGUGUUGGUUUAAGCUUGGUCAAUGGGAAAAAUCAAUUGAAGACUCUAACCAAGCUUUACAUAUCCAGCCAAAUUAUACAAAAGCCCUUCUUCGAAGGGCUACAUCGUUCGCCAAGCUAGAAAGGUGGGAAGAAGCAGUCAAAGAUUACGAGGUCUUACGGAAAGAACUUCCAAACGACAAUGAAGUUGCUGAAGCUCUUUUUCAUGCACAAGUUGCGCUAAAGAAAUCACGUGGAGAAGAAGUAUAUAAUUUAAAGUUUGGUGGUGAAGUUGAAGUAGUAUCAGGUCUUGAACAGUUUAGAGCUGCAAUAUCUUUACCAGGUGUUUCUGUUGUCCAUUUCGAAGUUGCAUCUAACUCGCAAUGCAAGCAAAUAUCGCCAUUUGUCGAUACACUAUGUAGUCGAUAUCCAUCUAUUAACUUCCUCAAGGUGGACAUUCAAGAAAACCCGACAGUUGGAACUGCAGAGAACGUAAGGAUUGUUCCAACCUUCAAGAUAUACAAAAACGGAAGCCGAGUGAAGGAAAUUGUAUGCCCUAGUCGAGACAUGUUGGAACAUUCUGUGAGGCAUUACAGCUUUUAGAAACUCAUGAUUUUGUAAUGCUUCUCUCAUCUUUCUUAUUUCCUUCUCGCCGUCCCCCGAACCGCCAGCUAAACUCUCUACUAGUCCCUACCGAACCGCCAGCUAAACUCUCUACUAGUCCCUACAGUUCUUCCAGUCUUUUGAUCCCCACCUUAAAAAUGAUCACCUGAUAUACCUGUGACAUAGUCGAAAGCCAGACAAUAAUCUCGUUAGCAUUAUCGAAUGCCGUCGGAACCCUAGAGAAUAGUCCAGUUCCUUUUUGGAGUUUUUAUUUUAUUCAUUCAUUCCCUCAUUGCUCUUUGGUUCCAUCAUGUUUCAUGUUCCUCCCAACUCUCCCUUGAUCAAUUUUCUUGUAUCACAAGUUUCUUUCUUUAAGGUUAAAAAAAUGUGUUAUGUCUGUACAAUUGAUUUAAUUAUGAGUUUUUUAAAUUUACUUUUUAAGAUAGAAAAUAUAGAGAGAUAUAUAGACAAAAGGGAGAGGAAUGUGCUGUGCUAGUUAGAGGGAGGGAUCUAUAUGUACAUGUAUAUAUGUGAUGAUAUAUAUACUAGACAAUGGAAAAAGCCUUUGAAGGGAGAUAGGUUGAGUGGUGGGGUGGGUUACCCUAUUGAGUUAGCAUAAGGAGGAUGAAAAUGUUAUUAUUGUUUCCUUUUUUUUUUUACUUUACCCCUUUUCUGUCUUUGGCCAUUUAAUCAAUAAAAGUUCCCAUUUUUUAAAA